AUGACUAAGCUUGGCGAACGAAGAUUUGGAAAGGGCUCUACCACGCAUGCCGCAAACGCUACAAAUUUGGGUGUAUCCUUCCAACUGCGCAGUGGAUUUUUUAAGAUGAGGCACAGUGUGUGCGGUACUGGCUCCACCCUUACUCUUAAG